AUGGUGUCUAGAAAGGAAGAUUUCUUAGUUGAGCAUGCUAAUUUGAGAUUUAUGUUUGUAAAGCGAGCAUACCCAGUAGAUUUAGUCAAUAACUUGAUAGAGGAAGUAAUGAGAAAAAGGGAAAAUGGUCAUUUUAGUCCCAUCAUUACCAAUGAGACUAGAGGAUAUAAUCCACUACCUCCUUGUGGCAUGUCCAUAGAUCGAGGAGGUAACAUGCCAGCCAGUGUUCAACCUAGUUAUAACAUUCAGGAGAAGUUUGAACUUGUUUUUGAGACGAUGUCCUCACCUGGGUGCAAACUACCUGGUCAUCCAGUCCAAGCCUAUAUGAAGGAUGGAGAUAUUCUCAUUGGUGGAAUGAUUCCUGUCCAUACAGAUUAUGUAAUCCCCUUGACCAGUUUCACAGAGACACCAAAGCCUAUUCAGUGUAAAACGUUCUUUAUUGAAAUUUAUCAGUGUGCCUUGGCUAUUAUUUUUGCUAUUGAGAUGAUUAAUCAGAACCCAGCUUUGCUACCAAAUGUCACACUGGGAUUCAAGAUUUAUGACUCUUGUUAUUCUGAGGCAAAAGCAGUUGAAGGAACACUCUGGCUCUUGACAAGCAGUACUCUGGCAGUGCCAAAUUACAACUGCAGGGCACAACCACAUCUAGCUGGCUUCAUUGGUGAUCAUCCUUCCUCCUCCUCCAUUCCCAUGGCUAGGAUACUGGGCCUCUAUCGGUACCCACAGAUCAGUUAUGCCUCCUCUGUUUCAACAUUAAGUGAUAAGACAGAGUUUCCAUCCUUUCUAAGAACUGCUCCUAAUAAUGACUUCCAGUCCUUUGGCAUAGCUCAGUUAAUUGUUCAUUUUUCUUGGACGUGGGUUGGAAUUUUGGUCUCAGACAACGAAUAUGGAAUGCUUGGAAGCCAGAGAUUGAGGAUAGAAUUUAAUAGAGCUGGUAUCUGUAUUGCUUUCUCAGAAAUAAUAUCUGCUAGCUUCUCCAGGACUAAGUUGCUUCAGGUUGUGGAUGUGGUUCUGAAGUCGUCUGUCAAAGUUGUAGUGAUCUAUUCCAACAUUCCACAAGUUGUUCCAUUUAUGAAACAAAUUGCCAUGCAGAAACUAUCAGGAAAAGUCUGGAUUGCUAAUGCUGGGUGGAUGAUCUCACCUGCUUUCUCUCAAAAGGAACUUUCCCUGAUUCUUAAUGGUACUCUAGGACUGGCCAUUCAUCGUGGUGAGAUACCAGGUUUUGUCAAGUUCUUGUACAGCAUUCACCCUUCUGUGUACUCUACUGACAUUUUUAUUAAUGAGUUUUGGGAGACAGUUUUCAGCUGCAGGUGGCCAAACAACAAUACCGACCAAAUACCCUUAGAAAACACAAUAAUCGAGAAUGUAAUUCCUUGCACAGGGGCAGAGAAGUUGUUUCAGCUUGACAACUCUGUUUAUGAUGUCUACAACUUUCGCCAUGUCUAUAAUACCCAUAAUGCAUUGUAUUCUUUUGUACAUGCUUUACAUGACCUGCUUUUAUGUACACCUGGUAAAGGACCAUUUAAAAAUGGAACUUGUGUGGACCUUUACCAGUUCCAACCAUGGAAGCUUCUACACUAUUUAAAAAAUGCCCACUUUCUGAGUGAAUCAGGAGAAGAAGAAGUAUAUUUUGAUGCAAAUGGUGAUGUCUUACCACAAUUUGAUAUUCUAAACUGGCAGCUCUAUUCUAGUGGCAUAAGUAAAUAUUUAGAAAUUGGUGCAUUCAUUGUCCAUGCUCCCCAAGAUCAACAGAUCGUCAUCAAUGAGAGUGCCAUCUGGUGGAGUGGAGGAUAUACACAGACACCACACUCUGUUUGCAGUGAACCCUGUCCUCCUGGAUAUCGAAAGGCUAUACAGCAAGGACAACCAAUUUGUUGCUUUGACUGCUUUCUGUGUUCUGAAGCUGAUUUUUCUAAUGAAACAGGGAGCAUUAACUGCAUGAAGUGCCCUGUCACUCAGUGGGCCACCCAGAAGCAUGAGAAGUGUGUGCCAAAAGCAACGGAAUAUCUUUCUUAUGAAGAACCAUUAGGCGCAGCACUAACAGCCACUUCAGUCUCACUGUCACAAGUCACGCUUGCUGUACUGUGCAUCUUCAUCCGAUAUCAGCAUACUCCAAUUGUUAAAGCCAAUAAUCGAAGUAUAAGCUAUCUCCUUCUUUUGUCCCUCUUUCUUUGCUUCCUGUGUCCUCUCAUGUUCAUUGGAUACCCAAGGAAAGUUAACUGUAUUCUUCGUCAGGUGGCAUUUGGUCUUAUCUUUUCUGUCUGUAUUUCUUGCAUUUUGGCAAAAACAAUCACCGUUGUCAUCAUCUUCAAAGUCACAAAUCCCAACAGCAGGCUAAAGAAGAUAAUUGGACCAAGGACUCCUUAUUUCAUAAUAAUACUGUGCUCUCUUCUCCAAAUGAUAAUCUGUACUUCCUGGAUAGUCAUUUCACCACCAUUCCCAGAAAUUAACUUGACCUUUGCACCGGGAAUUAUUUUAAUUGAAUGCAAUGAAAGUUCAUUUGCAUUUUAUUUCAUGCUUGGAUACUUAGGACUGUUAGCUUUUGUAUGUUUUGCAACAGCAUUUUUUGCUAGAAAACUCCCAGAUGCCUUUAACGAGGCAAAGUUUAUAACUUUCAGCAUGUUGGUAUUUGGAACUGUCUGGCUGUCUUUCAUCCCUGCCUAUCUCAGCACCAAGGGGAAGUUUACAGUUGCUGUGGAGAUAUUUGCCAUUCUGUCUUCUAGCUCAGGGCUGCUGGGCUGCAUAUUCAUCCCAAAGUGUUACUUCAUCCUUUUACGGCCUGAUUUAAACAUUAGGCAAGCUGUAAAAGGAAAGAUAAGCUUCACAGCUUCAUGA